UCAUGCUGAUUGUCUCAUGUUUUACUCCAACAUUCCAACAAGGUUUAUGACUGCAAAAUGAAGCUGUUCUCACUAAGCUGCUUGCUGCUUUGCUGUGGUUGCCAAGUCUGGGCAGUGAUCAGAGAGCACUACAUUGGGAUUACAGAGACUAUUUGGAACUAUGCACCUGGGAAUAAAAACAUAAUAUCUGGGCAGCUGUUUUCAGAGGAAGAACAGGCUAGAGUUUUUCUCCAAAGAGGCCCAGACAGAAUAGGAAGCACUUACAAGAAAGCUGUCUACACGCAGUUCACUGAUAAUACCUUUAAAAAAACAGUUGAGAAGCCUUCCUGGUUGGGGUUCCUAGGCCCCAUUAUCAAGGCAGAGGUUGGAGAUUCUAUUAUCAUCCACUUGAAAAACUUCGCAACUAGAGCCUAUACGCUUCAUCCACAUGGUGUGACAUACACUAAAGAAAAUGAAGGUGCUUUUUAUCCUGACAAUACCAAAGGUUUGCAGAAGAAAGAUGAUGCUGUGAUGCCCGGAGAACUGUAUUCUUACAAAUGGGAUGUAACAGAAGAUCAUGGCCCAGCUGAGGGAGAUAGCAAUUGUGUGACCAGGGUUUAUCACUCACAUAUAGAUGCACCAAAGGAUAUUGCCUCUGGACUUGUUGGACCUUUGAUUACUUGCAGGAAAGGUACACUGGAUGAGGGAAGAGAGAAACACAUGGAUGCUGAAUUUAUCCUUAUGUUCUCUGUGAUGGAUGAAAAUCUUAGCUGGUAUCUGGAUGACAACAUCAAGAAAUAUUGCUCAGAACCUGCCAAAGUUGACAAGGAGAAUGAGGACUUCCAGGAGAGCAAUAAAAUGCAUUCAAUCAAUGGAUAUAUGUAUGGAUAUCUUCCCAAUCUCACCAUGUGUGCAGAAGACAGAGUGAAAUGGCAUCUUUUCGGCAUGGGCAAUGAAGCUGAUGUCCACUCAGCUUAUUUCCAUGGACAGGUUUUUACAGAAAGGAAUCACCGCAUUGACACCAUCAGCCUCUUCCCAGCUACGUUUGUUGAUGCUCUUAUGGUACCGAAGAAUCCUGGUGAAUGGCUGCUUAGCUGCCAAGUCAACGAUCACAUAGAAGGUGGAAUGCAGGUCAUUUUUGAAGUAAAGGACUGUAAAAAACCUACAACAGAUCACAAUGAGUAUACAAAUAUAAGACAUUACUACAUUGCAGCUGAAGAAAUUAUCUGGAACUAUGGUCCAUCUGCAGUAAACCAUUUUACAGGACAACAACUAAUUAUUGACAGUGAAUCUCAGACAUUUUUUGAACAAAAUGAAAAAAGAAUUGGUGGCUCUUAUAAAAAAGCAGUUUAUAAGGAGUACACAGAUGACACCUUCACAAAGAAGAAGAAAAGGCUCCCUGAGGAAGAACAUCUUGGACUUUUAGGACCUGUCAUCAAGGCAGAAGUGGGCGACAUCGUCAGGGUGACCUUCAAGAACAAUGGCAGCCACUCGUUCAGCAUUCAGCCUCAUGGAGUGAGCUACAGCAAGGGCAAUGAGGGUGCCAUGUACCAUACCAUCUCCGGAGGCACUGCAGCUCCUGCUUCCCAAGUGAGUCCUGGCUCUACAUUUACAUAUGAGUGGAAGGUGUCAGAAGAUGUGGGCCCCACCCAGGAAGAUCCAGAUUGCUUAACUUGGCUUUACUAUUCAGCUGCGGAUUCAGUCAAAGACACCAACUCUGGCCUUGUGGGCCCUCUCUUAGUAUGCAGGAAAGGAACUCUGCUUCCCUCUGGGAAACAGAAAAAUGUAGACAAGGAGUUUUUCCUACUAGCUACAGUGUUUGAUGAGAAUCUGAGCUGGUACUUGGAUGACAACAUUUUGAUGUUUCUAAUAAAUUCUGAUGACAUUGACAAGGAAGAUGAGGAUUUCCAGGAGUCCAACAAGAUGCACUCGAUUAAUGGAUAUAUGUAUGGAAACCAGCCUGGCCUUGAGAUGUGUACAGGCAACACUGUUUCUUGGCAUUUGAUUGGCUUGGGAUCAGAGGUUGACAUCCAUGGGAUAUACUUCUCAGAAAAUACUUUGCUAACUAAAGGAACAAGAAGGGACACCACAAACCUGUUUCCACACACCUCUCUUACAGCCAUUAUGAAGCCUGAUUCUGAAGGGGUUUUUGAAGUGGAGUGCCUCACAACAGAUCACUACACUGGAGGCAUGAAACAGAAAUACAAAGUGAAAAAAUGCAGUUGGUGGAAUCCAUCGCUCUAUUUGCAUGAGAAGACUUAUUAUAUUGCAGCAGUGGAAAUAGAAUGGGACUAUUCUCCAAACAGGACCUGGGAACAGGAGAGGCAUCAAUUCCAUGAGGAAAGCCCUGGAAAUCCAUUUUUAAAUAAAGAAGAAAAGUUCAUUGGCUCAAAGUACAAGAAAGUGGUCUAUAGGGAAUACACGGACAGGACAUUCAGCACUCCAAAGGAAAGGGCAGAGGAGCAUCAGCAUCUGGAAAUUUUAGGUCCACUGCUUCAUGCAAAAGUUGGAGAUAAAGUUACAAUUGUUUUUAAGAAUUUGGCCAGCAGACCUUAUUCUAUACACGCCCAUGGAGUGAAAACAGACAGUUCCACUGCUGCGAUAACUCAGCCAGGUGAAAUAGGAACAUAUGUCUGGAAAAUCCCUGAGCGAUCUGGUUCUGGGAAAGGAGAUCCCGAGUGUAUUCCUUGGGUUUAUUACUCAACUGUGGAUAAAGUUAAGGAUAUCUAUAGUGGAUUAAUAGGUACACUUGUCAUCUGUCGCAAGCAAUAUAUUCCCACAUUUCUAUUACCAAAGAGAGUCGAACUUGCUCUUCUUUUUAUGGUUUUUGAUGAAAACGAGUCUUGGUACUUGGAUGAAAAUAUCAAAACUUAUUCUACCAAUGCAGACAAUGUGGACAAAGAAGAUGAGGAAUUUAUUGAAAGCAAUAAAAUGCACGCCAUUAAUGGAAAAAUGUUUGGAAACUUACAAGGCCUUACAAUGCAUGUUGGAGAUAAAGUAAGCUGGUACCUGAUGGGAAUGGGAAAUGAAGUAGACAUGCAUACAGCACAUUUCCAUGGCCAUAGCUUUGAUUAUAAGCGCACUGGAGUUUACCGGGCAGAUGUCUUUGACCUUUUCCCUGGGACAUUUCAAGCCAUAGAAAUGUUGCCAAAGUACCCUGGCACCUGGUUACUGCACUGUCAUGUGACUGAUCAUAUCCAUGGUGGCAUGGAAACAACCUACACUGUGCUCCCCAAAGAAGAGCAACAGUCGAGCGUUUCACACACAAAACCACAGCAGACACAACUGAAUGAAGGAAUUGAAUCAUCACAAGAAAUCUCUAAAUUCUUCACUUGAUGAAUGCUUCUUCAGAAAGAUCAUCUGGACACAUCCUCUCUCAACUUUGGUUCACAAGCUUCAUUUGAAUCACCAAGAAGAAACUUGGUAAUGCAUGGAUCAUAGUUUGGAACAGCCAUGUAACGAUAGAACCUACACAUUACUUUUUUCAUAAAUAAAAAACCUUGUAUAAUUAACAUUC